CCAUGGCAGCUGCCAUUAGAACAGUAUUUCCCAAUACAAUCCAUCGUGUGUGCAAGUCGCAUGUACUGAAGAAAGCAAAGGAAUUUAUGGGGAACAUAUACUCCAAGUGUCAUACAUUCAAGAAAGCAUUUCAUAAGGUUCUUACGCAGACACUAACAGAGGAGGAGUUUGUUGCGGCUUGGCACAAACUGAUUAGAGAUUAUAAUCUGGAAAAAAGUGUUUACUUGCGUCACAUAUGGGACAUAAGGCGUAAAUGGGCAUUUGUAUAUUUUUCCCAUAGGUUCUUUGCUGGGAUGACUACUACACAGAGAAGUGAGUCUGCAAACCAUGUGUUUAAGAUGUUUGUGUCACCCUCUAGCUCUAUGAAUGGCUUUGUUAAGAGGUACGACCGGUUUUUCAAUGAGAAGCUGCAAAAAGAGGACUCGGAGGAAUUCCAAACCAGUAAUGACAAGGUUGAAAUUAAAACAAGGUCACCGAUAGAGAUUCACGCAUCCCAAGUAUAUACUAGGGCUGUUUUCCAAUUGUUCUCUGAGGAGUUAACCGAUAGUAUAUCUUACAUGGUGAAACCUGGGGAGGACGAAAGCACCGUGCAAGUUGUACGGAUGAACUCGCAAGAAUCAUUCCUUAGGAAGGAAUAUCAGGUGUCUUGUGAUUUGGAAAGAGAGGAAUUUUCAUGCGUUUGCAAGAUGUUUGAGCAUAAGGGGAUUCUGUGCAGCCACAUCUUAAGGGUACUUGUUCAGUAUGGUUUGUCAAGAAUUCCAGAGAGGUAUAUACUGAAAAGAUGGACGAAGGAUGCUCGGGAUACUAUACCACCUCAUCUACAUGGGUACAAAGAUGAUGUCGAUGCUUCACAAUCGAGGAGUUACAUACAUGUAAUGCUGAAAAGGAAGACUGUGGAGGUGGCUAAGAUUGCUAAUAAAGAUGUGCAGACAUUUAAGAUGGCAAUGACAGUCAUGAAUAAGCUUUUGGAGGACAUGAAAAAUCAGUUAUCUUUGGAUGAUGGUGACAAUAGUAGAGAAGCUCCGAAGCGAGCAGCUAGGCAUAAAUCAAGGUCUACUGUAUUGACUAAAGAUGGAAACGAAGAUGUUGGUGGAGGUGAUGAGGACAGUGAGUAUGACGUGCCAAGUGAGGACGAGGGUGGAAAUUUGACUGCUGAUAUACUUCCACCGUUGAAAAAGAGAAGCAGAGGAAGACCUAAGGUGAAUAGGUAUAAAUCGGGUGGUGAGGUUGCCAGCCUGAAAAGAAGAAAAGAAGUAGGGAUUGAGAAGAAGAACACAACCAAUGAGUGUGAGUCCGUUGAAGAAGAAAACCAAGUCAUUGAUCAUGAUGAUGAAGUGCCCUUUCCUCGUAGGUUUUGCCACACAUGCCACGAAGCUGGUCAUAAUUCGCGAACUUGCGGCCGGACAUCUACGUACAAGAGAAAACUUUAGAAUAUGGUUCCCUGUAGUUUAGUUGGGACUCCUCUGAUUGUUAGAAGUUGUUUUGUUUUAAGUACGUGAACAAAUUUUUGAGAGGCGUGUGUUUUUUCAUCCUAUGAGCAAUUUAUUAAGAUUAUGUAACCUGUGGAUUGGUCAGUAUAUACGACCUUAAGUAAAGUAUGCUUCUAGUAGUAAAUUGUGUCUUUUUUGGGUAGUGUAUUUGCACCGGUUAAAAAUGGAUGUCUGCUGUAAUUAGUUUCAUUUGGAUGAUGGUGCUUUCUCUAUAAAGAGAGAAAGAGAUAUAGUAUACUGGUA